AUGAGGGUGGUGAUAUUGCGGUGGUGCUGCGGUAUGAACACAGUGUGCGUAGUAAGGGGUGUAGAGCCUAAUCGAAUAUUCACAUAUGAACACAAUUCAUGUCAUUAUCAAUUACAUAAAGUGACCAAGCAUAAUGCUAGACAAGUAGAGCUGAUUCUCAAAAAAUGCAAUCUUUUAACAGGUGGAGAUAGAGUCUUUCCAGAGCCUACCGAAUGGUGCCACUACUUUGACUAUUCAUACCUAGUCAUAUAUGCUACAUUUUCAGUGGCUACUAUUGUUUGUAAGAAAGUGUCAAACGAACUGAUAGUGGAGGCAAUUGCAGUACUCGACAAUUUUCGUAACAUAGGCCUGAGUAAAUUCAUGCUAUCUAGUGUCUUAAACUCUCUCCGCAACGAUAUACAUUUCGUUAGCGCUAGAAUGGAAGAUGGCUGUAGAGAUAUCCACCAUCUAUACACUAGCUGCGGUUUUAAGAGUGGAAAGGAAGGGAUUUUGACCAAGGAAAAUAUUACGACGGACCAACCUACACAAUAA